CGCGCGAUGGGCAGGCACUCGGCUAUCCAGGUCGCUUCAGUAGCUGUGGCAGGGUAGGCCUGGCUGUGACGGCGGUUAAAGGGGUGAAUGGUUGAGGGGCUUGAUGGGGGAGGGGGCCGUGGCCGCGGGGCCCUGCCCGUUGCGCGAGGACAGCUUCACACGCUUCUCGUCGCAGAGCAAUGUGUACGGGCUGGCGGGCGGCGCGGACGGGCGCGGGGAGCUGCUGGCCGCCACCCUUAAAGGCAAGGUGCUGGGCUUCCGCUACCAAGACCUCCGACAGAAAAUCCGACCCGUGGCCAAGGAACUGCAGUUCAACUACAUUCCCGUGGAUGCUGAGAUUGUCUCCAUCGACACCUUCAACAAGUCACCCCCAAAGCGGGGCCUGGUUGUGGGGAUCACAUUCAUCAAGGAUUCAGGGGACAAGGGCAGCCCGUUCCUCAACAUUUACUGUGACUAUGAGCCUGGUUCUGAGUACAACCUUGACUCCAUUGCCCAGAGCUGCCUGAACCUGGAGCUCCGGUUCACCCCCUUCCAACUGUGCCAUGCAGAGGUCCAGGUCGAGGAUCAACUGGAGACCGUGUUUCUCCUGAGUGGGAAUGACCCAGCCAUUCAUCUCUACAAGGAGAAUGAGGGACUGCAUCAGUUUGAGGAACAGCCCGUGGAAAACCUCUUCCCAGAGCUCACGAACCUGACGAGUAGUGUCCUCUGGCUCGAUAUCCGCAACCUCCCUGGCACAUCCCGGCGACUCUCGGCUCUCGGCUGUCAGAGUGGUUAUGUCCGAGUGGCCCACGUGGACCAGCGGCGUCAAGAGGUUUUGCAGACAUGGACAGUCCUGCAGGAUGGACCCAUCUCCCGAGUGAUCGUCUUCAGCCUCUCUGCUCCCGAGGAAACCACAGACAGGCCACGGCCGGAGGACUACAGCCUGCUGGUGACCAGCAUGUUGGAGCCAGCGGUGGUGUAUCGGGACCUGCUGAGCCGGGGCCUCGAGGACCAGCUCCUCUUACCUGGCAGUGACCAGUUUGACAGUGUCCUUUGUGGCCUGGUCACCGAUAUAGAUUUGGAUGGGCGGCCAGAAGUCCUGGUGGCCACCUACGGACAGGAGCUGCUGUGUUACAAGUAUGGGGGCCCGGAGGCUGGAUUCCGCUUGCUGUGGCAGCGCGGCUUCUCCAGCCCAUUGCUGGCCAUGGCUCACGUGGACCUGACGGGGGAUGGGCUGCAGGAACUGGCCGUGGUGUCCCUGAAGGGCGUGCACAUCCUGCAGCACAGCCUGAUCCAGGCCUCGGAGCUGGUCCUGACCCGGCUUCGGCAUCAAGUGGAGCAGAGAAGACGUCAACUGCAAAGGCUGGGGGACAGGGUGGGGCCCGGGUCUGCUGGAACCCCAAGCUCCUGAGUACCCACCCACUGCCCACCCCUAGCCUGAGGCCUCUUGAUGUGGGGGAGGCCUGGAGAAGGCAGGGAAGCAUUCCCUCGAUCUCCCAGGGGCCAGAGCUGUGAGUCCCUGCUCUGGCUCCAUCCCGAAUAUCCUGUGACCCCAACUCCUGUACUCUUCUCUGAGCCUCAGUGUUCCCAUUUGAAAAUGGGGUGACAUUCUAUUCCCAACAAGCACUGGUCAGCCAGCAAGUAUUUAUAUGUCCAGAGGGAAACCAAACUCUCAGUUGUCUUCAUUCUUUUGUUCAACAAGCAUUUGAUGAGCACCUGCUGUGUGCCCUCUACCAUAUCAGGUGCUAACCUCACCCAGAAAACUGCGGUGGAAAAGACUAGAAUGUAAGGCAGAAGACUGAGGUUAGACCCCAGGGAGUGAGCAGAGGUUUAUGGUAGAGAGAACUGAGGUUAGGCUUAGAGGGAGGACUCAGGUUAGACCCCUGCAAGGGAAGUCUGAGAUUAGACCCCAGUGGAAAGACAAAGAGAUUGGGCCUCAGGGGAAAGGAUAUGGAUGAGAAGGAAAGGGCUGCUGUGGGGCAGUUUGGGUCUAUGGCUAAUGCUGAGGAUGAACCGAAACAAAAAUUAUUAUGGUUCCACCCUGUGCCAGGGACAACAGAUAGACCCCAGCAGGAAAUAAUGGAGGUUAAAUCCCAGUGGGGGAGUACUGAGAUGAGACCAGGCAGACAGGACCCAGGAUACACCCUGCUGGGAAGGACUAAGGCUAGACCUAAUCUUAAAAGCUCCUGGAGUUCUGAGAGCAGGGAGUUAGAGACAAGCCUGAAUUCCCAGGCCUAUGGCCAUAGGAAGUGCCCCCUCCCGUGGUCUGGAUGGCAAGGAGUCAGAGGCCUCCAUCUCAGGGACCAGCGGAGGGCGGGGAUGAUGGAAGAAAUCUGGCCUUCCCCCACUGCCAGCCAGGAAUAGAAUCCAGGUCAGGAGGGGUAGAGAGUAAUUCCUGAGCAGGCUCCAGGCUUGGGGAAGGGGGGGAUCUGUAUCCUGGGGGAGAUGGUCCGCCCCCAUGGUCAUGCUGGCCACCCAUCUGCCUCCUCCCUUGGAAACCCACCUAGCACUGACCAGGAAGACCGGACUGCCAGUUCUCCAUGGGGGGCUGUGGGCGGUAGGAUCCUACUCAUCCCUGCCCACCCAUCUUUUUUCCCUCUCACGGAGCCCGUGGGAAAUUGCAGGGAGCUGGAUCAAUGCCCUCCUCUCCUGGCAGUGGGCCUAAGGGUGUCCAGCCAGGACUCGCAGUGUGCGAAGGCCACUGACAGGAGCAGGGUGUCCUCUCCCAUGGCCUGCCUGCUGAGGUGGCGUCUCUAUCAUUUCCCAUCCUGGGGGAGAGUGGGAGUCUGGGGGGUUUGGGCAUUUAGUUAGUAGUGGUGUGGGAGUGUGAUGCGUGUCCACUUCCGGACCCACAAAUUUGCACCUCCAGGAGCCACCUGUCUGGUCCUUUGCAGUCACUUCCUGUCCUGGUGCCAGGUCCCUGGUGUGGGCCAGUGUGUAGUAUAGCUGAAGCACACUCCACUUGUGCCACAGUUUCCCCAUCUAUAAAAUGGGGCCAGUAAUACCCAUGGGGGCGAGGAUUAGUCGUGGCAAUGUAUGUCAAGUGCUUAUAAAGAGCUGGAUAACCGUGCCUGGCACUUGCAAAGGGCAGUAUGAAUGGCGACUUGUUAUUAUUAUUAAUGGGAGCCUUUGUGGUUGUUUCUGGCUGGCUUUGUGAGGUUCUGUCUGCAGGCACUGUUUGUGAAUUUGGAUCCCACUCUGGCUAAAUAUUCUUGCCCUCCCCCCAGUUCUGUGAGCCUGUAACUAUUUCUAGCUGUUUUUUGUGUCUUUUGGCCCUUGUGUGCAUCAGGGCUUGUGUGUGUGUGUGUCACUCAGAGCAGCCUCCAAUACAUGCACACACCCUGUGCCCUCCACCGCUGUCCCUAGCUUGUGGUGCUGAACUGGGGUGGGAGGUAGGGGUUACCUCUUCUCUCCCGCUCCUCCAGGCCCCUCCCCAAACCUCCCCAGCCUGCUGCCGGCUUCCCGCCUCCUCCUCCUCCCCUCUCU